UUUUUACUUUAAUUUUCUGCUUUUUAGGCCGGCAUUUUCUGUGCAAAUUUUUCUGCAAAAAGUGAAGAAAUUUCGCGUUUUGUAUUUUCAAACUGCGUGUUGUAGAGAGAGAAAGUGAGUGAGUGAGAUAAUGAGAGAGAAAUUAGUUCGGGUUUGAAGGAUCCGACAUUUUUACUGGAUUUUUCGGAGUUUUUGAUGAGGGAAUAAGGUAAAAAAGGUAGUUGCUUUGUGAGCUGUUGAAACACCCUAUUUUUUUCAUGAUUUUUACCUUAAGACGGUGAUGAUGAUGAAGACAGUUCUUUUUACUUGUAGUUAACUGAAAUUUGUUGAAGGAAAUAAUAUUUUCGUUGCUGAAUGGGGGCCAUUGCUGGUGAGGAAUUGAAGAAGUCGGAUAAGAUCACCGGAGUGAUGGCGGGAAGGGAGGAGAAAAUUUUGGUUUUGGUGAGGUUAAGGCCGUUAAGUGAGAAGGAAAUUUGCAAGAAUGAAGUUGCCGAUUGGGAAUGUAUCAAUGAAAGCACAGUCUUGUAUAGAAAUAGUCUUCAGGAACGCUCGGGGCUUCCCACUGCGUAUUCGUUUGAUCGGGUAUUUUCAGGCGACUGCUCCUCAAAACAGGUCUAUGAAGAGGGAACAAAGGAAAUUGCUCUUUCGGUUGUUAGCGGGAUCAACUCAAGCAUUUUUGCUUAUGGCCAAACAAGUAGUGGAAAAACGUACACCAUGAGUGCACUAACUGAGUACACUGUGGCCGAUAUAUAUGACUAUAUACAAAGGCAUGAAGAACGAGCUUUCGCUCUUAAGUUCUCUGCCAUAGAGAUUUACAAUGAAAAUGUAAGGGAUCUUCUCAGCACGGACAACACUCCACUUAGGCUAAUGGAUGAUCCUGAGAAAGGAACAAUCGUGGAAAAGCUGACCGAGGAAAAAUUAAAUGAUUGGAACCAUUUAAAGAAACUUUUAUCCAUUUGCGAAGCUCAAAGGAAGAUUGGAGAGACUUCCUUGAAUGAACAAAGUUCAAGGUCACAUCAAAUACUCAAACUGACAAUUGAGAGUUCGGCUCGUGAGUUCAUAGGCAAAGGAAACUCAAGUACGCUUUCAGCUAGUGUGUUUUUUAUUGAUCUUGCUGGAAGUGAGCGUGCGUCUCAGGCGAUGUCCGCAGGGACACGAUUAAAGGAAGGAUGCCACAUAAACCGGAGUCUGCUUACUCUUGGGAAUGUUAUUCGAAAACUAAGUAAAGGAAGACAAGGACAUAUCAAUUAUAGGGACUCAAAACUGACCCGGAUCCUGCAUCCCUGCUUGGGCGGCAAUGCUAGAACUACAAUCAUCUGCACCCUGAGUCCUGCACGUAGCCAUGUGGAGCAAUCGAGGAACACACUAUUGUUUGCUAGUUGUGCUAAACAGGUGACAACAAAUGCACAGGUGAAUGUCGUCAUGUCAGACAAAGCUUUGGUCAAACACUUGCAGAAAGAAUUGGCCAGAUUGGAAAGUGAGUUAAGAAGUCCAGCCCCCACAUCAUCCUCUUGUAGCUGUUCAGUGAUCAUCAGAAAGAAAGAUCUUCAAAUUGAGAAGAUGGAGAAGGAGAUAAGGGAGCUUACUAAGCAACGAGAUCUUGCUCAAUCUCGGGUUGAAGAUUUAUUGCAAAUAAUUGGAAAUGAUCAAUCAUUUAAUAAACAGGAACGUCGUAAACACCUUGCAAAGUGGAAAGUACCCGACAAAUGGGAAGAUGAAGGUUCUAUGUCGGACUCGAGUGUGAAUGGUCAUCAUUGUGUAUAUGGUGUCCAAAAUGAAGAAGGUGAAAGUUCUCUUGAGGAUCCGUCUUCACGGACGCCAGUGCAUGGAGAAGAAUGGACAUCGGAGAUGGGAGUUUCUGAUGAUCAGUGUAGAGAGGUUCGAUGUAUUGAGAUGGAAGGAUCGGAUGCUUCUUCAAAUAUGUUUGGAAAUGGGCAUGUUGCUAGCCAUGGAAGCACGGGCAGAAGUUCCCAUCAAAACGGUUUCUUGUAUGGUUCAUUGGAACAAAGGAUCCAGGAAGUGCAAAGAUCUAUUGACUCCCUUGUUAGUCCUCAACCUGAAAAUCCAUCCGGGUGGGAUGGCGCUGCUGAUGCAUCUAGUUCGAGGAGUAUGAAUUUUGAUAGUACACGCAGUUCUAAGUCAAAUUUUACGAAUGGUGUAUCCUUUCCAUCAAGUAAGGAAGAAGAAGAUUAUUCUGAGAGAACCCCUCCGAGUGAAGUUGAGACGGAUUUCUCCGGUAGACCGGGAGAAUUGAAAAAGUUUUCUGUAAUAGAUUAUGGUAUGAACCCGGUAAAGUUAUCGCGGAAUGGAUCUCAAUCGUCAGUUGGAACAGAAGUUGUUGACGAUGUAAGAUCGCUGAGUGGGAAGAAUAACGCAGAUGAGGAGAUUACUAGUGUCCAGACCUUUGUAGCUGGCCUUAAGGAUGCUAAGCUUCAAUAUGAGAAGCAGCUUGGAGAUAGUGAGGUACCUCCUGAACUGAGAAAAACUUUGAGAGACGUAGGAUUGGAUCCAAUGCUUGAUCCAGAAGACAGUACGUUGGACUGGGCUAUAAAAUUCGAAAAGCUUCAGAAAGCUAUAAUUGAGCUUUGGCAAACAUGCAAGGUUUCUUUGGUUCACAGGACCUACUUCUUCCUUCUCUUUAAUGGUGACCCUGCGGACUCCAUUUAUCUGGAGGUAGAGCUGAGGAGGCUUACUUUCCUCAAGGAUUCAUUUACCAUCGGUAACCAUUUGGGUGAUAGUGGACAAGCUCAGAAAUUGUCUUCAAGUGAGAAAGCACUCCGAAAAGAGAGGGAGACACUAACCAAGUUAAUCAACAAAAGGUUCUCAAACGAGGAACGGAAGAAACUCUACUCGAAGUGGGGCAUCAAAGUGGAAUCAAAGCGUAGGCGUUUGCAGCUUGUAUCCCAGUUAUGGACCGAGACAGAGGACAUGGACCAUGUUUCGGAAAGCGCAUCCACAAUUGCUAAACUAGUCAAGUUUUCAGAACAAGGACGGGUUCUCAAAGGUAUGUUUGGGCUUAGCUUCUCACCUCCAAGCCUGAGGAGGAGAUCAUACGGUUGGAUGAAUGCCCGGGCAUCCCUUGUAUGACUUGUGUAGUGUGUAGGCGUCUUAUCUAUAUAUAUAGUCGGAAGUUAGCCACAGAAAAUGUUACAUAUGACUACAAUAUUACCCAUUUCUUUCCACAAUUUUAGGUGAAGAGAUGAUUAUCUAACUCUUGUAAGGUUACUUAGUGUUCAGCAUUACAGGUUGGAAGAUGAUGUUUGGUUUUGGUUUGUGGUGCUGGUGAUUGUAUUUAUUUAACUAAAUUGAUGAAUGGGAAGUUAUUUCUCCAA